GAAAAAUAAAAAAAAGUUUUUCUGUCAUAUGCACGCUGAAUAAAAAGUCAAACGAGCAGAAGACAUCUGAUAGGAAAGAGCGUUUAAACAAAUCCUUUAAAUUAAUUUUUAACAAAUAAUUGUUUCGUCACGCAAUGACUGACGAGGAAAUUGAUACAAUUUUCUUAUCUCAUAAAGUUGUUCCAGAUGUUGUACCAGCACCACCCAAGCAAUUUUUAUCAGUAAGUUACGCUGGCGGUAUGAAAGUUGAUAAAGGCGGCGAAUUAACUCCAACUCAGGUGAAAACUCCACCAACUGUUUCGUGGGAUGCGUCAGAUAAUACAUUUUAUACAAUUAUACUAACCGACCCUGAUGCUCCCAGUCGCAAGAAUCCAACAAAUCGGGAAUAUCAACAUUGGGUUGUCGCUAACAUACCGGGAAACGCCGUCGAAAAAGGUGAAGUCAUAACAGCCUACGUAGGCUCGGGCCCGCCAGAAGGAACCGGUUUACAUCGUUACGUGUUUUUGCUGUACAAACAGCCGACGAAAAUGAAAUUUGACGAGGAGCGUAUACCUAAGAACAGUGGCAGGGGGCGUGCCCGCUUUAGUGCGGCGAAAUUUGCUAAGAAACAUAAAAUGAGCGAAUUGGUGGCUGGUAAUUUCUUUCAAGCUCAAUGGGAUGAUUACGUACCGACUGUGCAUAAACAAUUGAAAGGCUAAGUUUUGAAAUAUUUCUUACUCGCAUCUGCCUGUUAACUUGGUCAGUAUUUUAUGCAAUUGACUGAAUAAAAAUUGAAUGUGACUUUUAGUUUUGAUUUUCAUAUGCUCUCCUUAUCUACGCCUAACAAUUCUUUAAUUAUAAUCAAUGAGUAGUCAACGUAUUGAGCAUUAUAGACAUUCCCCCCUCUAGGCUCACUUAUAUCAUAAUUUGUUGCAAAG